UAAUAUAUUUCCUUCGACACAAAAGCCAUUUUUAAGGCUUGAGCGGUUCCGCAGAAACUAGACAACGGCAGCAGGGCGUUGUGCUCAUAACCUUCCUGCAGAGGGCGCUCGCGUUUUGUUCGGCCCCAUUCAACGAGUAAGAGUUCUCCACUGAUACAGGAAGUGUGGGUCUGCGGCAACAGCAGCCGCGAUAUGAAGUAACACAAGUGAAGAAAUGUCAGCCGUUUGACUUUAAAGUGCUACAGAGAAAAGAAAUGCCUUUGUUAAUCCAAAAUAGAGAACUUGGCUGUAUACACUCCACUGCAGUGCUGUUCGAGAAAUAUCCACAUCUGCAGGAAAGUGCAAAAUCUUUUCGCUCCAGGCCUCUUGUUGAUGUGGAUCCAAAGUGCCUGCUGUAUGUCCACCAGAGAGAGUUUGCUGCAACAACACCUGCUGACAAGUUUGUUUCAGUCAUUGGGUCAGAUGACGCCACCACCUGUCACCUGGUAGUACUGCAGCACACUGGAAGCGGAGCCGCCUGCCUGGCUCACUGCGACGGCUCCAGCACCUGGUCGGAGGUCCCUCUCUUUGUGAAAGCAGUUGCAUCGCUGAGCACCUUCUGUAAGGAGGGCAGGUUUGAGCUCCACAUCGUCGGAGGAUUUAAUGACGACUCCAGAAGGUCUCAUGAACUCAGUCUGGACAUUCUUGUACCUGUCCACUUCUCCAAAGGCUGAGCCUCCUCACUUCGUGCGGCACAUCAAGUCCACCAUCCAGUUUGUCCUGGAGCAUCCAGACCCUGACGACCUGUUCCCGAGCGCAGAGCCUCAUCUCUUCCACAGGACACAGGGUGGGGACUGGGAGAGGCUGCUCCACCCAUGACGCCGCUGAACCCCAGCUCCGCCUGCGCCUGUCUUUGCCUCACUGUGACUGCCUCGUUCACUUUAUGCUUCCCUACUUCCCAAACAUCGUGUCUUAAAACAGGACCAACCUUCAUCAGAACCCGUGUCGGGUCUCCUGAGCGGUCCAGAAGGAAAAGAGCCUCCAAUCUUGACUCCUUUCAGUUUAGCUGUCAACAUUUCUGUGCAGUUUGGUUUUUUCCAUAAACUAUAACUCCCUCACUUUUUCCAAAUGAAUUAGAAUUAGUGAAAUUGAUGUAAAUACGUUUGAAGCCUUUUGCCUUUGAUUCAGUGACUCUAUUAAAGGCAAGUUAGUGUCAAAA